AUGGUGUCCCAGAUCACUCUCAUCGUCGAGCCUCGGGGCAAGCCCAUCCGCAAACUCCCUAAGGAUGUUACAGUCACUCUCACCUCAUCCGGCGAGGAGCUGUACAGUGCCAUCGCUGAAGCUUCCGGGGCCUCCGUCCACCGUCUGCGCAUCACCAAAGGAAGCGACCGCAGCGUAGUUCCCAAUGCGAAGAGCACCACGAUCAAGGAUACUGGCCUGAAGGAAUCGAGUAUCAUCCAUGUCAAGGAUCUGGGCCCCCAGAUCGCAUGGCGCACCGUCUUCAUCAUCGAGUACCUUGGCCCACUCCUGAUCCCAGCCCUCUUCCUCUUCCCCCUCCGCAACCUGAUCUACUUCAACUUCGACAAGCCUCUCCCCGAGCCGUCCGAUCUGCAACUCCUGGUCUGCCUCCUCCUGACUCUGCACUUCCUCAAGCGCGAGUAUGAAACCAUCUUCGUGCACCGCUUCAGCAACGCCACCAUGCCCGCCCGCAACAUCUUCAAGAACAGUGCGCACUACUGGGCGCUUGCCGGGUUCAACAUCGCGUACUGGGUGUUCCGCCCCGACGCGGCGGCUGCCUCUGCGAACCCCAACCCCAUCCUCGUGUACGCCGGUAUUGCGCUGUUCGUGUUCAGCGAGCUGGCCAACUUCAAUGCGCACUUGGUGCUGCGGGACCUCCGUCGCCCGGGUACCACUGAGCGUGGCAUCCCUUCUGGCUUCGGCUUCAACUGGGUCACUUGCCCCAACUAUAUGUUUGAGAUCCUUGCUUGGCUUGGUAUCUAUCUGGUUAGCCAGCUGAGCUGGAGCGUCCUGUUCUUCACUCUUGUGGGCGGCCUCCAGAUGUGGAGUUGGGCGUGGAAGAAGGAGAUCCGCUACCGUAAGGACUUUGGCGACAAGUACAAGAAGAAGCGCACCGUUCUUAUUGCCGGUCUCUUUUAA